UCUUCAGACCUUUUGCGGAGACCCAAAACACUCUCUCUGGUUUCCCUCUUCAAUCGAACGAAAAAACAAGCCUUUGAGAUUUAAUUUUUUUAUGUUAAAUUAAAAACAACCAUAUAUAUAGAUAUAAUAAAGAUAUAGGAAUGGAUUUAGAAGAAGAAUAUGAACAAGAAGAGCAGGAACAAGGGGGAGAGUAUGAUUCUGACGAAGAGGAUAUAACACAAGAAGACGCAUGGGCGGUUAUCAGUUCUUAUUUUGAAGAGAAAGGACUUGUUCGUCAACAGCUUGAUUCUUUCGAUGAAUUCAUUCAGAAUACUAUGCAAGAAAUCGUUGAUGAAUCUGCUGAUAUCGAGAUCCGACCCGAAUCCCAGCACAAUCCGGGCCAUCAACCCGAUUUUGCCGAGACCAUCUAUAAGAUCAGCUUCGGUCAGAUCUAUCUGAGUAAACCGAUGAUGACAGAGUCAGAUGGUGAAACCGCCACAUUGUUUCCAAAGGCAGCAAGGCUAAGGAAUCUAACAUACUCUGCACCGUUAUAUGUUGAUGUAACAAAAAGGGCUAUAAAGAAAGGUCAUGAUGGUGAAGAAGUCACUGAAACUCAAGAUUUUACUAAAGUUUUCAUUGGAAAGGUUCCUAUAAUGCUGCGUUCAAGUUACUGUACACUCUAUCAAAAUUCAGAAAAGGACUUGACUGAGCUUGGAGAGUGCCCAUAUGAUCAAGGUGGAUAUUUCAUCAUCAACGGGAGUGAAAAGGUUCUAAUUGCUCAAGAGAAGAUGAGCACCAACCAUGUCUAUGUGUUUAAGAAGAGACAACCUAACAAAUAUGCUUAUGUGGCCGAAGUUCGUUCAAUGGCAGAGUCUCAGAAUAGGCCACCGAGUACCAUGUUUGUUCGGAUGCUUGCUCGAACUAGUGCCAAAGGGGGUUCUUCAGGUCAAUAUAUCCGUGCUACACUUCCAUAUAUCCGCACUGAGAUUCCUAUCAUUAUUGUGUUUCGAGCACUGGGAUUCGUUGCUGAUAAAGAUAUAUUAGAACACAUUUGUUAUGAUUUUGCUGAUACUCAAAUGAUGGAGUUGCUGCGGCCUUCAUUAGAAGAAGCUUUUGUGAUACAAAAUCAACAAGUGGCGCUAGAUUACAUUGGAAAAAGAGGUGCAACUGUCGGUGUCACGAAAGAGAAGAGAAUAAAGUAUGCACGUGAUAUUCUUCAAAAAGAAAUGCUUCCUCAUGUAGGUGUCGGAGAGUAUUGUGAAACAAAGAAGGCAUACUACUUCGGAUACAUCAUCCACCGUCUAUUGUUAUGUGCUCUUGGCCGGAGGGCCGAGGAUGAUAGAGAUCAUUAUGGAAAUAAGAGGCUUGAUCUUGCCGGUCCUCUGCUUGGAGGCCUUUUUAGAAUGCUCUUUAGAAAGUUAACAAGAGAUGUAAGAGGAUAUGUACAGAAGUGUGUAGACAAUGGGAAGGAUGUUAACCUGCAAUUUGCUAUUAAAGCAAAAACAAUAACUAGUGGCCUUAAAUAUUCACUCGCUACUGGGAAUUGGGGGCAAGCAAAUGCUGCUGGAACAAGGGCCGGUGUUUCACAGGUGUUAAAUCGUUUGACGUAUGCAUCUACACUGUCACAUUUACGCAGACUUAACUCUCCUAUUGGGCGUGAAGGAAAGUUGGCAAAACCUAGACAGCUGCAUAACUCACAAUGGGGAAUGAUGUGUCCUGCAGAAACUCCCGAAGGACAGGCAUGUGGGCUAGUGAAAAACCUUGCAUUGAUGGUGUACAUUACGGUCGGAUCAGCCGCAUAUCCAAUUCUUGAAUUUUUAGAAGAAUGGGGUACAGAAAACUUCGAGGAAAUUUCUCCUGCUGUUAUCCCACAAGCUACAAAAAUUUUUGUGAAUGGUCUUUGGGUUGGGAUCCAUCGUGAUCCAGACAUGUUGGUUAGAACUUUGAGGAGAUUAAGAAGACGGGUUGAUGUGAACACUGAAGUUGGAGUUGUCCGAGAUAUUCGUUUGAAAGAACUUCGAAUCUAUACCGAUUAUGGUCGUUGCAGUCGUCCGCUGUUCAUUGUUGAGAAGCAAAGACUACUAAUAAAAAAGAAAGACAUCCAAAAGCUGCAACAAAGGGAAACCCCAGAAGAUGGUGGUUGGCAUGAUCUUGUAUCAAAUGGCUUUAUUGAGUAUAUUGAUACAGAAGAAGAGGAGACUACUAUGAUUUCCAUGACCAUUAAUGAUCUUGUAAGUGCAAGGAUAAAUCCGGACGAGUCUUAUUCUGACACUUAUACCCAUUGUGAAAUCCAUCCAUCAUUGAUCUUGGGUGUCUGUGCCUCCAUUAUACCAUUUCCUGACCACAAUCAGUCUCCACGUAAUACAUAUCAGUCCGCCAUGGGUAAGCAAGCGAUGGGGAUUUAUGUCACCAACUUUCAGUUCCGCAUGGAUACAUUGGCAUACGUUCUUUACUAUCCUCAGAAACCUCUUGUAACUACUCGAGCAAUGGAGCACUUGCACUUCCGACAGCUCCCAGCUGGCAUUAACGCAAUUGUGGCAAUUUCUUGUUAUUCUGGAUAUAAUCAAGAAGACUCGGUUAUCAUGAACCAGUCAUCAAUAGACCGUGGUUUCUUCAGAUCACUUUUCUUCCGUUCAUACAGGGAUGAAGAAAAGAAGAUGGGGACACUUGUUAAAGAAGAUUUUGGUAAACCUGAUAGAUCUAAUACCAUGGGUAUGAGGCAUGGUUCUUACGAUAAAUUGGAUGAUGAUGGUCUAGCUCCUCCUGGAACACGAGUUGGAGGUGAGGAUGUGAUAAUUGGGAAAACGACGCCUAUCGCUCAGGAUGAUGCUCAGGGGACAGCCUCACGAUAUACUCGCCGUGAUCACAGCACAAGCUUACGUCAUAGUGAAACUGGAAUGGUUGAUCAGGUAUUGCUGACGACAAAUGCUGACGGGUUAAGAUUUGUGAAAGUGAGAGUGAGAUCCGUGAGGAUACCCCAAAUCGGAGAUAAGUUUAGUAGUAGACAUGGGCAAAAGGGAACUGUGGGAAUGACUUACACACAAGAAGACAUGCCAUGGACGGUGGAAGGCAUUACCCCCGAUAUUAUAGUCAAUCCUCAUGCUAUUCCUUCUCGUAUGACGAUUGGUCAACUUAUCGAGUGUAUUAUGGGCAAGGUUGCUGCACAUAUGGGCAAAGAAGGAGAUGCUACUCCUUUCACAGACGUUACUGUGGAUAAUAUCAGUAGGGCCCUUCAUAAAUGUGGUUACCAGAUGCGUGGGUUUGAGACUAUGUACAAUGGCCAUACAGGCCGAAGGCUUCCUGCUAUGAUAUUUCUUGGGCCGACUUACUACCAAAGAUUAAAGCAUAUGGUGGAUGACAAGAUUCAUUCACGUGGACGUGGCCCAGUCCAGAUCCUGACCCGGCAACCUGCUGAGGGACGGUCACGUGAUGGUGGGCUCCGGUUUGGAGAGAUGGAACGAGACUGUAUGAUUGCCCAUGGUGCUGCUCAUUUUCUUAAAGAAAGACUCUUCGACCAGAGCGAUGCAUAUAGGGUUCAUGUGUGUGAGCGAUGUGGUUUGAUCGCAAUUGCUAAUCUUAAAAAGAACUCUUUUGAGUGCAGAAGCUGCAAAAACAAAACUGAUAUCGUUCAGGUACAUAUUCCAUAUGCAUGUAAACUGCUGUUUCAAGAGCUCAUGUCCAUGGCAAUUGCACCUAGAAUGCUUACAAAAGACGUCAAACAAGCUAAAGACAGCAAGAAGAAAGGCGCUUGAGAUUUUUUUUAUAUAUCUGUUGUGUUUCUGAAAGAGCAAGAAUACAAAAGCUUUGACGUGAUUACGGGACCAUGUAUCGUUUCUUCUGUGUCACGUACUCAUAUAAUUUUGAUUUAAUAUUGUAAUAUGUGAACGUAUUCAUAUCAUACAAUGCAGUUGAGUUCUAUA